AGCUAUGAAGGUGGGAUGAGGACAGGUUACCUGGAAUUAGAUUGUCACGUGACAGCAUACAUAGGUAUACAACACACACAUUUACAUACAUAGAUGCAACACAACACAAACACUUUAUACACGUAUGCACAUAGAUACAAUAUAUAUAUACAUACGCAUACAUACAUACAUCCACAUCGUCCCAAACAUGGCAGUGUUCGAGGCUUUAAUUAUUAAAGGCCGCCACAUCAGCAAGUCAAAAACCACCACCACAACAACAAGAACAACAACACUAAGCCACACACUUUAUCAACGUGUGUUUUACUAAAUGAUUAACACCAACAAUACAAAACAAAAGAAAAAAAAGAGACAAUACAUGUAUAUAUACGUAAAAAACAUAAAUGAGAGAAAGAAACGGUUUUAAUAAUAAUAAUAAUAAUAAUGAUUAGUUAUGAUUGUUUUUUACAAAGGUAACUAUGAACAUCGCCACCACCACCACCAGCAAACUGGUUAGUUUUGCCAAUGUGUCGUUGUGGCCUGAAACAUCUGUCCACUGUCAUGCUGAUGGACAUACGGCAAAUAUAUUUUUAUUGUUAUUAUUACCUGGAUCAUUAUAGUUUGUUCUUUGUUUUGUUGUUACGUUUGAAGGAUAUUAUUACAAUCAAUUAAGGAAAACGCACAGGUACACACACACAAAAAGGUGAAAGCCAAAUGGAGCUGCUCUAUUUGUAAGAUAUAUAUUGUAUUUUAGAUUUUUACCAAAAUACUUUGACUGUGAUAAACUUUAACCAAAAUGGCAGGUUCCAGCAAUGACCUUCAGAUGCAGUGUGAAGAGAAUGAGAAACUUGUUCAACAGCUGAGGCUGAUGAUAGUUGAAAAGGACAACAUCAUUGAAAAGACACAAUCAGAAUUACAGGAGACAAAAGCUGCUCUGACGAAGACCAAACUGCAAUCAAAAGCCAAAACAACCAAACUGACCAACCAGUUGGAAGAAGCUAAAAAAGCUGCCCUUCCAGACAGUUCUUCAGACCGGGGCAGUGAGUGUGGAGACGAAAGUCCGGCAGAGCAAGUCAGUCGGGGUAAAAUCAAAUUGUUACGUCGUAAACUCGUCGAGAAAGAACGUCUCUUGGCCGAGAAAGAGGGACAGUUGGUGAAUCAUGGUGAGGAGAUGUUGGCUAAAGAUAAGACCUUGGUGGACAGGGAUCAAACAAUCAAACAACUUAAAGAAAUGAUAAAUACAUUGAACAGUCAGCUCGUUGAUCGUGAUAAAAUAAUCAGGGAUAUUAAUGAGUCUGAGAACCCAUCUGCUAAAUCUCAGGAAACCCUGGAUCAGAUCUAUGUCCAGAUUUUGUCCAAAGACAAGAAAAUCGUUGAUCUCAACAACUCAAUCAUUGAAUUAGACAGCAAAAUCAAAGACUUGCAGGAAUUCAUUGGAGAGAAGAAUGAAGUCAUUAAAGGCAGAGAUAAAGUGAUUGGCGGCAACCAAGGUUCCAACGAAGUCGAAGAACUGAAGAAUCGGUUGGCUGAAGCUGAAGAGGAUAAAGGUAACCUACUCCUGCAACUCGGAUUAAUGUGCUGUUUGAAGGUCCAGAAUAUGAAUCCGUUUGCCGAUGGUGAGAUUGUGGUUGCUCAUUCUGUUGAAGACAAGUUAUUGCUGUCUGAACUGCAACAAAAAUGUUCCGAACUGUCGGAAAAUCUUCGUUUAGAGAUGGAGAAGACGUCUAAUAUGGAAGCUGGACUGUUGAAUGGCCAAAUUGAAAUUGAGGGUCUCAAAGCCCAGAUCCAUGCUUCGGAUGCGGCAGUUGAACAGCUUCAGAAGCAUCUCGUUGACAGGAGUGAAUUAGCGACCAAACUGGAAGGGGAGAAAGUCGGUUUAGAGAUACGAAACUCUGAACUAGAAGACAUCAAAGAUGAACAACCAAAUAUAGCGUUUGAAGAAGAAAACUCCAGACUCCAACUGAUGAUCCAGGAAUUACAGAAUCAGUUGGUUUCUCAAGAUGAUGUGUCUAAGAAGCAAAAGCAAGAAAUAAACGAUCUGAUUUCGAAAUUGCAAUCAAUGGAAUCGGCAAAGGAUGAGUCCUUAUCGAACGUUGACCAAAUGAUGGAGAGUUUGAAGAAAGCCAAGGCUGAAACAGAUGAGGAACUGAAGAAGACCCAAACCUCUUUGGACGAGACUCAGAUGAAGCUGCAGCAGACAGAAGAUGCUCUUCAGACAGUUGUUAGUGAACAUGGAAAAGCACAGAAAGAACUGCAGCAAUCUCUUGAUGAAACAUUGAGCAACUUCCAGCAGCAGAGCCAGGAAAUCGGUCACAUCUGUCAUUUCCUUGGUAUUACUGAGAUUUCUGUGGAGAAACUAUUCUAUGUGGUGAAAGAGAAAGCUGAGUGUGUCACGGAACUGCAGCAGAGACUUGAAAUUAUUGAGAAGUCUCAGGAUGAGAAACAGAAUGCUUUUGAGAGUAAAGAAACUGAGCUUGAAUCGUUGAAAUCCCAGCUUCAGGACUACAACAAAAAUGUUCAACUUUCCAUGCACGACAGAGCAGCUGAGAAUAAUUCAUAUAAAGAAAAUUUGUCAAUGAAGGAUCAAAAUAUAAAGUUACUUCAGGAAACUAUUGAUACUCAGACAGCUGAAAUAUGUAAGUUUAAGGAACUGCAAGUCUCUCAGGAGCAGAAAGAAAAGGGAGCCAGUGAGAAGUUGCAAGAAUUCCUCUCUCAAACCGCCCUGUUUCAGAGUCAAAUAGAAGCUUUGCAGAAAGAUGCUGAAAGUAAACAAAGAAGUUUAUCGGAGUCUGAAGCUAAAGUAGAGAGUUUACAGCAAUCUCUGCAAGAAAAAGUUGAAGAAUUUACCAAAGUGGUUUCUGUACAAUCCAGAAUGGAUGAAGAUAGUGGCAAGAUUAUGGCAGAGAAACAGGCACAAUUAGAAAACCUUAAAUCUUCACUGGAUCAAAUGACCAACUUUCUAAAUGAGAAACAAUUUGAGUUUGAUAGCAAACGUGAAGAAAUGAACUCUGUUGUAUUGCAGCUGAACACUGAAAAGACAGAAAAAGAUGCUCAAAUCGAAAGUCUUUCUGUGAAAGUGUCUGAAUUGACUGCAAGCUUCAAUGAAUCUAAAGUGUUUUGUGAGAAAGUGCAGGCUGAGAAGGUGGCCCAUGAAAGGACCAUGCAAGUAUCUGGUGAAAUGGUGAAAGAUUUGCUUAUCAAUAGACUUGGGACUUUAUCAACAGAUUCUGAAAUGGAAAUGCCUCUAUCAGAGACUAUUGGAUUAGUUAUUUCUCAAAUAGAAGGAUUGCUAUCAGAGAAAGUUCGGCUUGAAUCAAUGCUACAACAUUCCGAAAAAAAUAAUGAAUCACUUAAAUCCAACAUUGAAGAAUUGGAAAAUAAAUGUAGCCAGAAUGAGUUGACUUUGAUGAGUCUACAAUCAGAUUCUUCACAGCAAGAACUAGCGGUGAAGAAACUUAUGGAAGAGAAAGAUGUAAAAAUCACUUCUUUACAGGACAAUGUUGAAAGCUUAAAUUUGUCAUUACAACAAAGCCAGCUUCAUGAAAAUGACUUAACACAACAGAUUAAAAAUGUUCAAGACAGUUCCAACUUCAUGCAGCAGCAACUGACUGAUGCCAAAAAUCAAGUAGAGGCAUUGACGCAACAACAAACCAGUCUACAGGAAGAACUGAGGCUCUUAAAAGACCAGGAAAUUUCUAGGGAAACCAACAGGCAAGAUCUGGAGAUUUUGCUGGAAGAACAAGGAAAGAAGGUGAGACUUUUGUCUGAAAAUUUAGAAUUAGUGUCACAUGAAAAGAAAUGCAUGCAUGCUGAGGUUGAAAAUGGUAUACGUGAAAUACAACUUGUUACUAACACUAAUUUAGAAUUAACCAGAAAGAUAGGGCAGCUACAAGAUUUGUUGUCUGAGAAGGAAGGUUUAGUUCAACAUUACUCAGAUGAACUAGAAAAGGAAAAAUCUCAAUUAAAUGUUCAUUUAGAAAAAUGCUCUAAUCAAAUUAAUGAUCUUGAACAAGCACUUGCUUCAUCUAAUUCUAAAUUGUCUGAAGUUUCAGCUAGUAAUCUUACCUUUGAAAAAUCUCUUACUGAACACAAAGAUCGAGUGGAAUGGUUAGAGGUGGAGAACAAUCAGCUUCUGUUAAAACUAUCUGAAUAUGAUAACAACCAGUUGUUGUUACACGAGAAAGAGCAGGUGUUGGCCAGAGAUAAUGAGGAUAUUGUAGGUAAAUUAGUUAAAGCUGAACAGGUGAUGUCAGAGAGAGAAGGUACCAUUGGGGAACUUGAAACCAAUCUUAAAAAUGCUGAAGAUAAAAUAAAGGAAAACAAUGCAAUGCUACAAGAAGCAUGUUGGGAGAAGAAAGAUUUGGAAGACAAACUUAAGGAACUUGGUAACAGGUUGGAAGUAGAAAAAGAGCUUAGAGUAAAUAUUGAAACAGUUAAUAAAAAUAUAAAGGAAUCAUUUGAAGAUUAUCAUCAAAAGACAGUUCAAGAACUGCAGGAGCAAAGCAGUCUAAUAACGUCUUCUAAUAAAGCGGCUGAAAAACAGCGAGAAGAAAAUCUUAGUUUAAGCAACAAACUCUCUUCAUUACAAAGUCGUUUUGAUAAUCAGUUGGCUGAGAGGAAUCACUGUAUUAUUGGUCUUGAGGAACAGUUGCAGAAAUCUGUGGCAAACGAAAAUAGAUUAGUAAAAGAGAUAGAAUUGUUGCAGUCGGAGAAACAUGAAGCUGAAAUGGAUAUUGUUAACUUUAAAGUGAGUUUACAGGAGAAGGAAGAUUUGAUUAGAAAUUUACUAUUGUCUGUCGAUGAAACUAAAGAAUUCCAAGAAGUUAGUAAAGAGAAAUUCCAGAUGUUGCUCCAAGAGAACCAGUUCUAUGAACAAGUUAUCAAAGAUCUUCAAUCUGAACUAAAAGAUAGUAAAGAACUAGGAGUCACGAGUGAGAAAUCUUUGGAAAAAAUGAAGAAUAGUGUCAAAGAAGGAGAGGUCGCCGUGGAAAGUUUUAGGAAGUCUUAUGAAAAUCUGAAACAAGAACAUGAUAUACUCUGCCAAAAAUUGAAAGAAUCUGAAUAUAAUCUGGAGGAAAAAAAUUUGGAGCUUUCUAGAUUUCAAGGUGUUCUUCAUGAUUCUCAACUGGCGCUGGAAGACUCGUUUGAAAAGGUAAAGAAAGAAUCCGAACUAACUAUUACCGAUUUAAUAAACAAGAAUCAAGUCCUUACUACUGAAAUCAGUAAUCUCAGACUCCAGAUAGAUGAAGGAAAUAAGUCUCAAGAAAUGGUGGGAAGGUUGAAGAAGGAAUUGGUUGAGAAGUCAAAAGAAUGUGCUCAACUUAAAACUAAAAUCUCCAGCAAUGAAGAAGAUUGUUCUGAAAUGAAUCAAUUGAUUGAUGCUUGUUUGUUGAAUAAUUAUGGUAAAGAGUCUUUACCGGAACCUCUCCCACCAAGAUUACAGUCUUCUGGGAUGCCCUUUAAGAAUGUGAAGAAACAGACCCCAAAUUCCAAUGUUGAUGGCGCUUUAAAGAAAAAACCUGCUAAAAAGUCUACAAGAAAAUCAAAGAGCACAUCUUCUUUGAAUAAUGGUAACACAGCUGCUGAUUCCUCUGAAAGACACAAUGAAUCUGAUAUUUCUUUGAAAGAGGAAUGUGGGAACAAAAUUAUUAUAAAGAAAUUAAAAGAGUUAGUUCAAGAACGAGAAAACCUAUUUUCGUUAUUAGACUCUUUAAAUUCAAACUUUGAGAAAGAUGCUCUGAAAGAAGAAAGCAUUCCAGGCCAAAUUAACCAAUUUUGUAAAUAUUUGCAAGAACAGAAAUUGAUGCUAGAAGACUUACAACAAAUGCAAACGGACAGGGAAUUGGCAUUCGGUUCAGCUGCCAAACAACUGACAGAAAUCUAUGAGAACUGUGCUUGUAUUUUGGUUAAUGGGUCAGAGCAGAUGCCAUCACAGGAUUCUGAUUUUAUUGUAUGUUCUAAUGAUAAAAGUGAAAAUAAUCAACUUGAAAAUUUGGUUGAUAAAUUUUCAAAUUUGUUUCAUGUUCUUCAGACUUGGAAAGAAACGCAUGUGAGCAUCCUGGAUGUAAACACAAGAGAAACUUCUGGAAAAUGCUCUGAAGAGAAAGUGGUCACACAGGAUCCUAGUCAAUCACAAUUUGUUGUUGAAAAAGAGAGAGUUCUUGCAAUUGAAGAAUCGGCUCAGAUAGGCAGCAAAAAAGAUCCAAAUAUUUCAAGAGUAUCUGAAGAAAUUUUACACAAUACAGCACCUAUGCAAAAAACUAUUUUGAAUUUCUUUGCAAAAUGCCAACAGAUUGGAAUCAAUGUUACUCCUCCAGCCACAGUUAAUAAGGGAAACCUGAGCGAAGAAGAUAUUCUUGAAGCGUCACUGAAUGCCUUGUUUGACAGAGUUGCUUGUUUAGGCAAAGAAUCGCAAGAUCUGAAGGCAUUUGUACAGGCUUUGGAAGGAUCUUCUCAGGAUCAGGUGUUGGAGUUGAUAAAAAGAAAAGAUCAAUUUAUUGGUGAUCCCAAACUUACUGAUUCUGUGUUAAAUGUAAAUAGUUUGGUUGAAUUUGAUGAAGAGAAAAUCAAGUUGGAGAAAAAUGGUAGAUUGGUAAAAGAGAAAGAUGAGUUGCAGACGAGGUUAAUUGAAGUGCUGAAGGAGAAGGAAAUGUUGGAGUGUCAGAUGGAUGAGGUGGAGCUGCUGAGGAUUACCAUCAGAAAAUUGGAAGAAGAUCUGAAGAAGAAAUUGGUGGAAAAAGAUCGUGUUGCCGAGCAAUUGGCUAAAGUGGAUAUGGAACUGGUGUCAACUUGUCAAGAACGGGAUAAAGUGAAGAACCAUCUGGAACAAGUGUUACGGGAGCAUAAAAAAUGUCUUGAUAUAGAAAGCCGUCUUGAAAAAGUGUUGAGGGACAAGCAGGUUUUAUCCCAAAAGGUUAUGGAUAUGGAAAGUAAAAUAAGUCAAAUGAAAAUCGAUAAAGAACGAAUGAAAAAGCAGCUGGCAGGGACAAAACCCAAAACUGAAAAAAAUACACCCUUGCUUAAGCGCCGGACAAGAAGUCAAGAAAUUGGGGAUAAAAAAGUCAACAAGAAUCCAGAAGAUGUAAAGAGAAAGUCAUCUUUGACCAAAAAAACUACUGAAAAGGGUCUUUCUACGAUGUCAGCUUCCAGAUAUGGAAGUGUGGAAUCGGUGAGAAGUGAAAUUCUAAGAGUUGGUUCUCCAACUUUGAGUGAAAAAUCAUAUGGUACAUCAGAUUCUUGUGCAUCUGAGAUGUGUUUGCGAGAUGAGCUCAUGGAAUUGAGGUCCAAGACAGACGCUUAUUCUAAACAUUUUGAAGAACUGAAAAUGUUUUGGAGAAAUGAUAUUUGUAAAACUUUGAGUGAAAUAUUGUCACCUGACGUUAGUCUUAUAAAAGAGCCAAACGAAGCAGAAAUUAAUGAAAAAGUCAGUGAAAAUGCUGAGUUAAUUGCAAUUAAGGUUGAAAAUAUUAAAACUGAAAUGUCAGAAGUGUUAACUAAAAUUGGAAAUUGGAAAUCUUCUUUUUCUGAAAUUAAAACUUCUGAGAAAGAACCAGCUAAGGAAAGAUAUCUGGAUGAGACCCCAGAUGUGAAGGAUACGGAAGUUGAAAAUAAACCUAAAAGGGAUGAAUCGGUGGCAAGAAAUGAAGUUCCAGAUUUAUGCAAUAAAAAUGAACGCUUGAAGCAAAUGUGUGUAAAGUUAAAGAAAUCUUAUCAUCAAAGCAAUGCUGAGAUAGAAGCACUGAAGAAUCAGUUGGAAACGGUGAACUCAAAGGCUGUGAGGUUGGAUGAACAACUGAAAGAAAAAGAAAUAAAGAUUAAUGACUUUGAAAUUUUAGUGACCGAACUGAAAGAUGGUUUAGAUGUUAAAACUGCUGAGAUAUUGGAACUAAAUUCUACUGCUGAUAGUAAACAGUUGUCUUUGGAAGAUGGAAUGAAACAGCUUCAGAUGACAUUAUCUGCAAGGAAUGAAGAACUUUGUGCUACAAGAAACUGCUGUGAAACAAUUCAAGAGUCAUUUUCUUUAUUGGUAAAAGAGAUUUUGGAACUGGUUUCACAAAAUCAGUUCCACAAACCUGAAGCGGAUUCUUCACAGAAUCAUUUCAAACAACUCUUUGAAGAUUUGGGUUCAGGACUAUUUCAAAGUUUAGAUGAAUGUCAACAAAAAAGUUUUAAAACUGCAGAAGCUUUAGAAACGGUAAGCCGUUUCUUGAGUCAGUACCAAAGGUACCAACAAGAGAUUUUCAUAGUUUUUGGAUCUUUCAUGAGUUGUCUCAAAGAAAUCCAAAACGAUAUCAAAGAAGAAAGCUUGAAAGCUAACACAAAAUCACAUGAUGCUGUUUUAGAAGAUUUAAAUAAAAUUGUCAACAAUAGCAACUAUCUGGAACAUUCUACGUCGACAGAAGAACAGGUUGACCUGGUGAAACCAAAGCCUGAAAUGUGCCCAUUGGAUGAUUCAGACACACAGACAGGUGUGAAUUUUUUAAACUGGCUUCGGGGAUAUUUGAAAGACCUGGCACUGUCUCGUGAUGCUGACAAUGCUCGGUUCCUGGACAUUGUAUCAGAGUUGAACGUUGUAGUUUUGUCUAAAGAAGAAGCCAUCCAGAAAAUGAGUGAAACUAUGGAAGCUCUGUCUUCUGAACGUAAGAAACUUGUCAAAGAAGUUGCUAGACUACAGAAUGCCUGUGAUGAUAGCCACAGCACGGCCGUCAGUCAUUCGGAAGAGACAAAGAGGGUGAAAAACUCUUUGGAUGCUCUUGAAAGUAGAAUCUCUGGUCUUUUGACUUAUGUGAAAGAUGUCCACGGUUCCACAUUGGAAACAAUAAUGGAAGAGAGCGAGGAAGAAGAGGAAUGCCAUGAUGAUGUCACAGACGGAUUGGUAAAUAAGCUGGCUGGCAGCACAGCAAAUCUGGACAAUUUGCAGAGUCUGGAGAAGCACUUUGCUGCCUUCGCCGCUGCCUAUUCUCAUGUAGCCAAUGUUUGUAACAACCAGGGCAGUGAAAUUGAAAAACUUAGGAGUUUGUUGACAAAACAGCAGGAAUUGUCUGUGAAAUGUCCAGAAGAAAUGUCUUCCAUCAGUGGCAGCCAAAAUGUCUCGGAACUGGACGGCAGCAACCACCCUGUCCUUACACAGAACCUUGACACCACACGAGAUACUCAGCCGACGCCUCAACAUACGUCUGUGGAACUGGAUAAAAUAUCUCUGGAAUUAGAUGAAGUGAAGCAGGAGAAACUUCAAGUUGAUCAACAGUUGGUCUCAGUCCAAAAACAAAACGAAGAACUGCAGACUAAGUGGACCGAUCUAGUCACAGCCAACCAAGAAAUGCAGUCUUAUAUGCAGAAUGUGCAGCAUGAAAUGCAACAGGUUAAGUUAGAAUUACGAUCAACUGAUGAACAUUCUAAGUUAAAAGACUUGCAAAUACAGGAACUGUCAUCACAAGUUGAGGAGAAGUCUGCUGAGAUUAAUAAACUGUCGACUCAUUUGCAAGAAACUGAAAGAAAUUUAGAUUUGGUUAAUAAAAGUUUGGUUGAGAAAGACACUCACGUGAAUGAAUUGAAAGAACUAUUGGAAAGAAAGAAUAAACAACAGCAAGAGAAUGAUUCUGUAGAGGAGCAAAACAAACAAGACGUGUUGUUGCUGAAGGAACAACUUUCGGUUAGAGAACAGCAACUGCAGCAUCUGACUUUAGAGAUUGCUGAGAAUAUGAAGAUGCAUGAGGAGCAACAAGGGAGACUGAAAGAAAAAGAUGAAAAGAUAAUGUCACUUUUAGAAAACAUGCAGGAAUUAGAAGAACAGUUAACGAGUUCGUUUAACACGAAAGAAGGGAGUGAAGGAAAGAUAGCGGAGUUGGAGGAUGCUCUUCAGAAAGAGAAAGAAGCACUUGAUUCAACAAAGAAAUCGCUUCAAAAUAAAGAAAACCAAUAUUUGAAAGUCUUAGCAACGGCCAAGAAAUUGAAAUUACAGGUUCAAGAGGCAAAGAAUGAAAGUAAACUUGGCAAAGAUGAAAUGAAAGAAACGAAUGCAAAAGUAUUUGAAGAAAUUAAUUCAAUGAAUUCAUUUUUUCAACAGAAAGUUUCUCUUGUAUUGAGUGAGUGGCCAGAAUUGGCGGAGGUUGAGGGAAAAGACAUUGGUGGAGCAAAGCUGUUUGAGAAAAGAAUGGAGGAGUCUGGCAGUGUUGGUACCGAGCCAUGUAAAGCAACACUGUCACUGCUGCAGAAAUUGAUGUCUACUUUAGAAGCAGCAAAACAUGUAGUGGUUGAGAGUCAGCAGGAGAAUCAGACAUUGAAACAGUUAAGUUACGAACAGGAAGUCCUUUUAUCAGACUUCAAUCAGAAACAGGAACUAUUAUUGUCCCAAAAUUUGGAGAAGGAAGAUCUUCUAGCUAUCAUUGAAGAGAAAAAUCAAAAAAUGCUAGAAUUGCAAGACAGAGUUUAUGAAGUUGAGCAGAGUUUGAAGACAAUGGAAACAGAAACGGAGAAAGAUGUCAGGAUUACAUUUCUCAAUGGACAACUGGAUGAAUCUGGCCGUACAAUUCAUCUUCUUCAAGAAGAAAUCACCAAUAAGAACAAAGAGUUGGAAGAUAACAAACUAAACGCUUCAAAAUGGGAACAAAAGCUGAUGGAAUUGACUGAUCAGGAUGAUCACCGGCUGAAAGAAAUGACUCUAAAGAUGCAGGAACUGUCAGCAGAAAUUAAUGCAAAGAAUGCAUGUAUUGAAGAGCAAUCAUUGCUCCUGAAAGCUUCUGAAGAAAAAAUGGUUGGUGUUGGUAAUGAGAUUUCUGAAAAAGAAACUGUAAUUUCAGAGCUAAAAAAUGCUUUGGAUGAUGUUAGCAAACAGAACCAACAUACUGUUGAAGAACUGAAGAAGCUUAAGGAAAUGUAUAACCAAACGGUGGAAGAAUUGCAAUUAAAUAAAGAAGAGAUAAACAGCAAAGAUGUCCUGCUGAAACAGAUUCAAAACCAACUGGAAGCUGUUUCAAAUGAAGUUCAGCAAAAGGAACAAUUAAUUGUGGAAUAUAAAGAAGAAUUAGAAUAUUUGAGAGAGAGAGAAAGCGAAAGGGCUGCUUCUGAUCUUGAGCCAGAUUUAAGGAUUUUGUAUGAAAAACUGAAGGCAGAAUCUGGUCGGAUGAGUUUAGAAAAGGAACAGUUAACUUCUGAGUGGAAGGAGUCCAUUAAUGAAAAUAAUCGGUUAAAUGCUGAACUCCAGAAGUCUGACUCAAAGAGGAAAGCUUUGGAAGAAAGUCUGAAUGUGAGUCAUGAAAAUAUUGCGAAAAUGGAAGAAGAUAUUGAAAAAUUUACUGAAGAUCUCUUGCAGUCUUCUAAAGAGAAAACGGUGCUUUCAGAAAAUCUAGAACAAUUAAAGAAAGAAAACUCCAUGCUUAAGGAGAAGUGUAAUCCUGCAUCUUCCGAAACGUAUUCUGUAGAAGUGCCUUUGGAACCAAAUCUAGUGAAAGAGCAUCAAGGUAGCUUAUACAGUGCUCGCAUUGAGAAAGAGUCUAUUCAGAGGUCAGAGGUUAAGAAUCCCUCUGAGAGUUUGUUAAUAGAGAAAGAAUUACAUGAUGUGCAAGAGAGAUUCGAAAGUCUUUCUCGAGAACAUGAGACAUUAAAGAAUAAACAUCAAAUAACAACAGAAAAAUGUGAGAAGUUAUUAGUGAAGCUGAAAUCUUUUAAAGAUAAAAAUGAUAAUCUUUUAAAAGAAAUGGAAAAUCUAAAGAUACAGAAGGUAGGUGAGGAAUCGAAAGUUAUUCAACUCCAGAAUGACCUUCAUUCUGAAAAAGUAAAAUAUCAAGAACUUUCAGUAUUCUGUCAACAAGGACAAAAGUCUCAGAGUGAAGCUGCUGAAAAACUGGCAGAGUUUGAGAAUAAUAAGAAAGAAAACGAGAAAGUAAAUCAGAAGUUGUCCAAGAGUAAUUCUGAGUUGCAGUCAAAAUGUGAAAAACUGUCGAAACAAAUUGAAAAUGUCUUGUCAGAAAAAUCUGAUUUUGAAAAUAAGUGGAUCAGUCUGAAACAAGAAAUGGAGACUGCCAGCAAUCAGUAUUCUGUGGAGAAGUCUACCUUGUUGAAUAAAAUCGCAAAUUUAGAAGGAGAAUGUAAAAAUGUCUAUGCAGACCUAGAAGACUUCCAACAACUUGUUAAGAAACAGAAGGAAAGUCAAGAUAAUUUGAAGAGUGAAAACCACAAGUUGAGAGAGAGCGUUUCGAAAUAUGAGAAAGAACUAUUAAACAGCAGCAUUGCUAAGGAUCAUUGCAGUCAAGUUGAAAUUCAGUUACAAGGUUUGUCUGAAGAACGGGAUAACUUAAAAGAUCAAGUGGAUGCUGCCAGAGAAGAAGUUGUUAGCCAUCGUAAGGAAGUGCAGACAUUGAGGAAACAGUUUGAAGAAGCAAAAAAUAAAAUGUCGCAGGAACAGGAAAUGUUAGUCGCAGAGUUAGAAAAGACGAAGAGGGAAUCUGAUGAGAGAGAUGGGUUGGCGAAAAAUGAUCUAGAAGUGAGGCUGUCUAAUGUUGAAAAAGAAUUAGAAGCUAAAGUAUGUGAGAUAAUCCAUUUAAAGGAUGAGAAUCAAAUGUUGUUAGAAAAGAUGAAGAAUGAAAUGAAUGAAAGAGAACUGUACAAAAGAGAAGCCCGAGAAGCUGGUGCCAUUGAAGAACAGUUAAGGGAAUCUCAGAAACGAGAAGGAGUACUUGAGCAAGAAAAGAUGUUUCUAGAAGAAAAUUUCCAAGCUGUUAAGAUGGAGCUGGAGGCAAACAAAGAAAUGUUGAGACAGAAUAUGAAAGAAAUUGAAGAAUUGACAGCAGAAGUAAAUCGGUUAACAAAGGAAAUUAGCAGUCGGGAAGUUUGGAAGAGACAGCUUGAAGAGGCUGAGCUAGAAGUGAGUCGAAAAGAAGAAAGCUUGUCUCUUUUGAAGAAUGAAGUGGACAUUCUGAAUGAGCAAAUUGAAAGACUGACUGCCGAAGGCCAUGAUUUAGAGAACACAUGCCAGUCUGUAGAUGGAUUGAAAAAAGAAAACAGUAAGCUUACCACAGAGCUACAACAAAUAGUUUUACAAAAUAAAGAGUUGGUUUCCAGCAAAGAGGAAUUGUCUGUGGUGAACGAACGCUAUAACAAACUAUUGAUGGAUAACACGCAUUUGGCAAAGCAGUUUGAAGAGCUUAGGAACAAAAUGCAGACCCAAGUGGAAAAAGAACAAAGUUUUGCUCAUGAGCAGCAAGAACAUUUGAAACGAGAGCAAGUAACAUUUACUAAAAGAGUUGAAGAACUAGAAGAUCAUGUGCAGGAACUGACCAAUCAGAACACACAGUUGAAACAGGAUAUGGUGCAAGUGAACAGCUCACUGAAAGAAGCUCAUUUUGAGAAUGAAUCUCUUAAGUCACAACUGCAGGUCAUUCAAAAUGGUGGUGAUCGGCUAAACCAGUUCCAAGAAGAGUAUCAGAAAUUGCAGGAACAAUUUUCUAAGAGUAUCGAGCAAAACAACAGUGUUCAGGCGGAAUUGAACCAAGCCAACCAUCGACUCCAAUUGAGGGAGUCAAGGUGUCAGCAGUUGGCAAUGCAGGUGAGCCAGUUAGCAGAGGACCGCAGUUACCUUAAUGUCCAAAUGGGCAAUUUGUCUUUGGCCCUUCGUGAGAAAGAAAAAGAGUCAAGCAGCUUAGCCCAUCAAAUAAAGGAUAGUUAUGAGAAACAGACCAAACUUCAACAGAGGUCACUGACUCUCUGGGAGUUUGCUAGCCACUCACUUGCCAUUGUAAUUACAGAAUUGGAAGAGCAUCAGGAGGAGCUGAUGUCGACCAGUGUCGAUCAAGCAACCAAGUUUGUUGCUGAGAGGAAUCAAAGACUGCAGGUGGAAAUUUUGUUGCAGCAGUCACAACAGCAACUGAGUUCACUGCGAGAGAAAAUGCAACAGGAUUUCAAAAUCGAAAUGGAUGACGAUCCAGACAGAAUUCUUCAAGCGGAACCACUCUUAGUCCGUCAAGGAAGUAACUAUUGUCAUCGCAUACAACGCUGGAUGAAAGUGAAAAAGGAAUACUUCUGCUUUUCCAGCCGCCACUUGCAACGUCUGCUGCGGUUCCGUCCCAACCUCCGUUCCAUUAUCUGGUUCUACUUCCUCUUGUUACACACCGUCGUCAUUGCCUGUUUCGCUGGUUACUUGUAAUUAAUUCGAAAGCAUUUCAUAUCCACCCUGACCAUCACCGCCAAAAGAAAAAAAAGACCACAACAACAACAACAAACAAACAGAAAGAGAAAAAAAUGAAAACGACUCAGUUUUUGAAUGUGGACCAGUGGAGAAAUUUGCUGAUUGGUCAUUCUCAUAAUGGAAACUAAAGCCACCACCAUCUUGGUGGUAUCAACAUCAUCAUCAUCAUCAUCAUCAUCAUCGUCAUCAACAGUUUACCAGUCAAAGUAUAGAAAUAUUGAGGUGCCUGUACAAGUCUGAGAUCCAAAGAUGGCCAUC